AAGUGAACUUGAAUUCAACGCUGAUAAGCUGAAUUCUGCCGGUUUUGAAACGCAAAAUCAUUUUAUUAUUUAAAAAAUUUGGCGAUUUUCGGCAGAAAUUUUUUGAUAUUUUUUGUAUAAAUAUAAGUUACAAACAUGAUUGUAAAUCAAAGACUGAGAAAACCUUUUUUCAUCGCGAUGGGACUCGGCGCGUUUGUAAUUUUGGUUAUAAUUUGUGUUUAUGCCAGCACCAGCGCAGAUUCAAAACGGUUUACGGAUGAGUGUUUCAAAUCAAGUGUGGAUACGAACAACUCAACACUGGAAUUAGUGCAUAUUGUAUUUCGUCAUGGUGCACGUACUCCAGUUGAUACCUAUCCUAAUGAUCCUUAUGUAAAAGACUCAUUCCGACCCACUGGCUGGGGACACGUGACAAAUAAGGGUAAACGCGAACUCUAUGAAUUGGGAAAGUGUCUGCAAAAGCGUUAUAAUAAAUUAUUGCAACCAUUCUACUCACCUGAUCUGGUUUAUGCACAAGCAACAGCAUCACCGCGAGCAUUAAUGACUUUAUCCACAGUAUUAUCGAGUAUGUUUCCACCACAUGGUACACCCAUGGAAUGGUCACAAAAGCUUAACUGGCAGCCUAUACCUAUAUUUUCCGAACCUCUAGAUCAAGACUCAUUACUUUUGGUGCGAACAUCUUGCCCGCGUUACUUUGAAGCACUUGAAGAGGUAUUACAACUACCAGAAGUUAAAGAAGAGUUAGCGCAGUACGAAAGUCUGUUCAGAAAUCUAUCAAUGCUUACAGGUUCAAAAAUAAGGACAGCAGAGGAUGUAAAUUCUUUAUAUAUAACACUUGAAGCAGAGCGAGCAUUUGGUUUACCACUGCCAAGUUGGACUCAAGAUUAUUUUCCUCAUAGUAUGCAAUUCUUAGCUGAACAAAGUUAUAUAUAUAAUGCAUAUACAACAGAGAUGCAAAAAAUUAAAGGUGGUCCAUUUUUAAAAAAGAUGUUUAAUGAAAUGCAGCAAAAACGGAAAGGAACGUUACAACCAAACAAUCGCAAAUUAUUUAUAUAUACUGGACAUGAUUGGACUGUGGGAAAUAUUUUAAGUGCACUUAAAGUAUGGGAACGACAGAUGCCACGCUUCGCAGUUAUGGCCGUUUUCGAAUUACAUAAAAGUAAAACUAACGGCGAAUAUUAUGUAGAGAUAUUUUUACGCAACAAUGAAUUAGGCUAUCUUAAGCAAUUGAAAGUACCGAAUUGUGAUUUAAAAUGUCCUUUGGAUAAACUAAUUGAGUUGAGUAGUGCAGUAUUACCGAAUGAGCCAUAUGAAGAGAGAUGUAAAGCAAAAAAUACUAAUUUUGCGGAACCACCGCCAAGACCAAUUGAUCAAUAGAUACAUUUUAACUGACAAACACAAAAGAAAGUGUAAAUAUCUCAGUAUUAUGUGCAGGUAUUGAUCAUAAGUUUUAAGUUUAUUGUAGAUUUGUUUUUUAAGUUAUGUAAUUCUAAAU